CAUCGAGGAGACGUCGUCGCGUUCGCUCUGUUUGUUCGUUCGCAUCGCAACUCAUUUUCAAGCAUUUCUAGCACCACACAUCGAACGACGACGGCGAAAGAAGUGAAGCAUUCCCGGGCGCACAGUUGUACAGUGUGAACCACGGUUCGAGUUUCGAUUGAUUUUUUUCGUAUUUUUUAUUUCUUCAAGAUUUAAUCAUAAGCGUGGCUAGCCAGGGAAUAAAAAGGAAAAUGAGUAGCUCCGAGGAGGUUUCUUGGAUUUCUUGGUUCUGCGGACUUCGUGGCAAUGAAUUCUUCUGUGAGGUGGAUGAGGACUACAUUCAAGAUAAGUUCAAUUUGACCGGAUUGAACGAGCAGGUGCCGAAUUACAGACAGGCUCUUGAUAUGAUAUUGGAUCUAGAACCCGAGGAUGAGAUAGACGAAAACCCGAACCAGUCUGACCUGAUCGAGCAGGCGGCCGAGAUGCUGUACGGCUUGAUCCACGCUAGGUACAUCCUUACCAAUCGCGGCAUAGCUCAAAUGAUAGAGAAAUAUCAAAGCGGUGACUUUGGCCACUGCCCGCGGGUGUACUGCGAGAGCCAACCGAUGCUUCCAUUAGGUCUAUCCGAUGUGCCCGGCGAGGCGAUGGUGAAAAACUACUGUCCCAAGUGCAUCGACGUCUACACACCAAAGUCCUCGAGACAUCAUCACACGGACGGUGCCUACUUCGGUACCGGUUUCCCGCACAUGUUGUUCAUGGUACAUCCCGAGUAUCGCCCGAAACGUCCCGCCAACCAAUUCGUGCCGCGCUUGUACGGCUUCAAAAUCCACUCGUUAGCUUAUCAAAUUCAGCUGCAGGCUGCCGCCAACUUCAAGGCACCGUUGCGAGGGUGAAGUGCUCAGCGAAGGUCAUCGACAAUUGAGAUGCCGACAACUGGAUCAACGAGAAAAUUGUUUGAUCAAGAUCAUCAUCAGAAGAAGAAGAAGAAGAAGAAGAAGUGACCACAAACAUCCCCACACCACAUACAAAUCCAAGUACACGGGACGCCAGGGAGCAGGAAAAGAAGAAGAGAUUGAGCAGAAGUAGAGGGAGGCAACUUCGACAUCAAACAAUAAGAGCGAUCCGCAGAAUCAGCCAAGAGAAAAAAGAAAUAAUAACAAAAAAAAAACAACAGGUUGAAGGAAAUUAUCAAAACAAAAGCGAUAAACGUAAAUCUUAAUAAAAAGAAUAGGACAAGAAACAAAAUUUCUAGAUAAAUCAGUAAGUCAGUCAACAAAAAGGCAUGUUAGCGAUUAAACAAAUAAAAAAAUAACCAAUUGUACAUCCCCCAAACCACCAAAACAAAACAAACAACAACAACAACAAAAAAGAACAUUGAAAAACAACAAAAAACGACAAUGCGCAUUCAGCAUCGUAGAACACAUGGCAUAUUGUGUAGUAUUAGGUCAAACAUCCUUGUCUCUUUAGCGAAGGAGGAGUAUCAUUCAGUAAACAUUAAACAACAAUGUUGUCAUUUUUUCGAAUAGAAUUGGAAUUUAUUGCUAGGAUGAAGCCGGGACGAAGCGGAAUUUUUGAAACAUUGUAAGACCAUUCAAUGAAAUUGUGUGUGUAUUUGAGAGAAGAAAAGAAAAAAAAAAUACAACCAACAAAAACAACAACACAAGAUAUCAAAACAUCUUGACGUGACAUGAAAUUUGUUGCACCAUCAGGAACAAACGGAGGAAAUAUACACCAGGGUUGAAGAAUAGCAGAACCUCUCUUUUCCUCUCCUCCUACUUAGAUAGACUACUAAGCGUACGUUAUAGAGAAAGCCACUUUUUGAAACGCAUAUGUAACGAACGAGCGAGAGAGGUGUGCCCACGGAGCGCGGGAAACAUCCAAUUUUUAACCCAUUUGUAUAUUUUUUCUCGCCGAGAAAGCAAAACAGAAAUCUCGCGCAGACGACUCCUAUAAGAAAAGAGUGACAAAAAAAAAAGAACAAAAAAAAACAAACAACAAAUGUAAAACAACAUUUUACACCGGAAGACCUUUUUCCUUUUUAUUACCCUUCAAAUACAGAAAAGAAGAAAACUUGUUUAUAUAGCUUAGUAGCGGAAGAGCAGUAAGAUUCGGUUUUCUCAGUUUCUAUUCUCGUUUAGUUAUUCUGCAAACGGUGGAAAUAAUAAUUAUCGAAUUGUAAUAUACAUAUUACUUAGCUAACGGAAGAAGAAGAUGGAGAAGAAAACAAAUAA